GCCUUGGCAACAGCAGGCAGGCGUUUGGCUAGCGCGACGAGCGAGCUAAAUGUUUCUUCGAAGACGCUCGCCGCUAAAACGUCUUUCGACAUUAAAACCGGGGCUGUGAUGGCCGCGAGUAACCCGUCGGUGUUCCUCCUCUCCGUCAACGGACAGAUUGAAAGCGCUGACUUCCCCUCUUAUGACAACUUAUACUGCAAAUACUGCUAUGUUUACGGCCAAGACUGGAUUCCGACCACCGGUUUGGAGGAGGGCAUCACUCAAAUAACAUGUAAAGGCAGUCAGGCGUCUCACAAGCUGAUCUGGAACUUCCCGCUGGAUGUAACGUUCAAGAGUACGAACCCUUCAGGGUGGCCUCAGCUUGUGGUGAGCGUUUAUGGACCGGACGUGUUCGGCAACGACGUGGUCCGAGGCUACGGAGCGACACACAUCCCCAUCACACCUGGACAACACACCAGGACCAUGGCCAUGUUUGUUCCUGAGCCCACAUGGAGACUUCAGAAGUUCACCAGCUGGCUAAUGGGACGUCGGCCCGAGUACACGGACCCUAAAGUAGUCGCCCAAGGCGAAGGGAGAGAAGUGACACGAGUUUGCUCCCAAGGAUUUGUCACUGUGUGCUUCAGCAUCAUGAUGAAGGACCUGAAGAAACUGGGCUACGACUCGGGACCUGCAAACCCCCAAUCUCACGCCGCGUCCAGCUGGUCCACAGAAGACCAAAGUAACUUUUGAUCUUCUCUGCGAACAACCUUUUAUAUUUAAACCUCGCUUUUGUAAGUGUCUUUUAUAUUUUUACAUAAAGUUCAACUUGGCAAUGA